AUGUCUCAGGAGCAGCCGAGGCGGGAGGAGAUGGAGGGACAGGUCAAGCAGGAGCAGUUUUCAACGGAGCCCACGCAGGCAGCAGCAAUUGGCGCUCCCGGCUACGCAGCAGGAGGAACAGCUGUCUCUGCACCCGGUUACGCUGGCGGCGGUUACGUGGCAACGGCAACAGGCCCAGGCUUCACCUGCACGGCCCAGGAAUUCCCCACUGCAGGGGGAGGCGCGACGGGAGUGGCUGCUGUGACUGAUACCGAGGGGAGGACGAUUUACUACUCCACUACCAUGCAGCCCAUGGGUGUGACUGGCCCGGGUGUGACUGAAACGGGUGUGACUGCUACGGGUGUGCCUGCAAUGGGUGGUGGUGGUGCUAUGGGUGGUGGUACUGCCACUGGUGUGCCGGCAGCAGCAGGUGGGAUGGGGCAGAUGGGGAAGGGGACGGAUAUGAGUGCUAUGGGGGCUGGGAUUGGGGGGGAGAGUCUGGGAACAACUGGGAUGGGGGGAGGGGGAACGGCUGGGGGGGAAGCAGGGGGGAUGGGGGGAGGGAUGGGCGCAACGGGGGGAGGGGAUACUGAGAUGAUGGGAGGAGAUGUGGGGGGGGAGAGCAUUGGCGCAAGGGGGAGUGCUGAGCCUACUGGUGGGGAGAAGAGCCCAGCUACUGGUGCUACGGCUGAGGCGGGAAUGGUGAGGGAUGCUGGGAGUGAGGUGACUGCUGGGGGUCAAGUGACUUCAGCGGGUGAUAUCUCCAAGGCGAAGGAGGCUGGUGCUGCUGCUGCUGGAGGGAAGACGGGAGGGGCUGAGACCGGUGGAGAGGGAUUUAUGGGUCGGGAGUCCGAGGCCAAGGCUAUGGAAGGGGAAGGAGGAAUUGGUUCGGCCUAA